AUGCCCGACAUCGACCCCGCGGCCUUGAGCAGCCGCCCAUCAGUAAAUCUUUCCACGCCGACACUUUCCACCAAGUCCAUCACUGUCCAACCUCCGGGCUCUCUCAAAGCCGCCAAAACAAGUCAGAUCAUACCUGCCCGCAUUGACCUAGAGCCGCUUUAUACCGCCUUGAAGCAGGCCAUCGGCCCGGAAGCAUGGGUCAUCUACAAGGAGUCAACCACAGAGUUUCUCAUCGGUCGAUUGAAUCAGACCGAGUACUCAGAACGAAUCGAUCCCAUCCUCACAUCCCCCAAUGGCGAAAAGGAACACCUCCAUAAUCAGCUAAUUGCUGCAAUAUACGGCAAUGUCACAAGGGAGAUGCCCGACCAGGGGCUCGCCCCUUGGGUCAGCGCCAACGACAAGCCCACCGCUCCCGUCGGCAGUAAGCCUGUAUCUGGAGAUGCGGCGGAGCGUCGCCUUAAGGGCGAUGUGAUGCAGUUGCCCACCAAAGAUCGUCGGCGUAUCAAGGAUUUGGUCGGAAAUGACUUCGACCCCUACGAGAGCCUCUCCAAUGUGUUCAUGGAUCACCAUCGACGACAGCCCAAACCCGCCGACGUACCACCAAGCGCAGGAGGCAUUGGUGGUAUAAACAAGAUGAACUUCGAUUUGGAGAUACGCAAGCGCUUUGCGCAACCCUUGGCUGGGGAGUCUGGCGAGUUCCCCGAUGCCCCUGUAGUCGAAGGCAGAAUGCUGCCGUUCUGCUACGAGGCAGGACUUACUAGCGGUCACGUUCAGGAUGCGCCACAUUUUAUGACAGUCGCGACCGAAACAUUCAUCAAGGAAUCACUGGCCGCCAUAUUUGCCAAGACGAAGAGCAAUGGCCCAGGAGAAGGCGCCACUGCUGGAUUCGGAGCAGGAACCCAAUGGAUCCAAACCCACAAGUACCGACACCAGCUCGUCAAGGAGGAGGACGCUGCCCUUCGGGGUGACCUCACACGCGAUAAGAGCGGCCUUCUACCUAUUGAGUCGAAAGCAGCAAGCGAGCGUGGACCCCUUGGCAUGGCGGACGUACGCAUUGCCUUGGAGAUGGCUGAUAGCGGCUUGGCGCAGUUCCCGAUCAUAAAUACGGCCAUAUCGUAUGGCUACCGUGAAGGAGAGCUCGAGAAUUGGCACGACUACACCUGGCUACCAGGCCUCGAACCUCCUGGAGCCAAGAAGGAAGCUUCUGAUAUCAAACCGGUCAUCACAGAGCAGCUACCCAACGGCCAUGUCGAUGCAAUGGACAUUGACUCGGAGCCCUGGUGGGAAGGUGCAGAGCCUCAAGACAUGAGCUCCCUUGACUCUGUUCUCGAUUCGUGUCUGGCAGUCUACGCCAAGCGCUUUCUCAAGGGUAUCGGUCCUGUCUACAAAGAUUGGGGACGCUUGUGGGGCUGGAAUAAAAGGUCACUUCGGUCACGUCGAAGCCGAAAGGGUUGA